AUGUACGAAUUUUUCGGAAUACUUUUUCAAGUUACUCUUUAUAUCGGUAUUGUCGUAAUUGUUGCCUGUUUUAUAUAUCCUAUAAAUGAUAAUAUUGAGAAUUAUUUUAAAAAUAAAGUUGUCUGGAUAACUGGUGCAUCAUCAGGUAUUGGUCGUGAACUAGCAAAAGAAUUAGUUCGUCUUUCACCUUCAACACGUCUUGUUUUAUCAGCAAGACGUGAAGAUGAAUUAAAUUCAUUGGCUGGUCAACUUCAUCUUGAUUCAGAUCAUUGUCUUAUUUUACCACUUGAUCUUGAAACACACGUUUAUGGUUUUGAAUCAAAAGUCGAUCUUAUUCUUGAUCGAUUCAAUCGUAUUGAUGUUUUAAUUAACAAUGCUGGCGUAUCACAACGAAGUUUAAUCAAAGAAACAACGUAUGGAGUUGAUUCACGACUAAUCAGUAUUAAUUUUCUCGGUACAAUCACACUAACUAAAGCUGUUCUACCGCAUUUCAUUGAACGUCAAAAAGGACAUUUUAUUGCUGUUACAUCAGUAGCUGGUUAUGCUGCUACAGCAUUACGGUCAUCAUAUGGUGCUUCUAAAAAUGCUUUACAUGCAUUUUUCGAUUCUCUUCGGUUAGAACAUGCAAGAGACCAUAUAGAUGUAACAAUAGCAUGUCCAGGUUUUGUUAAAACAGAUAUUUCAAUAAAUGCUUUCGAAGGUUCUGGCAAAUUACAUAAAAAAAUGGACCCAAAAACUGAAAAAGGCACGGAUCCAACUGUAUGUGCAUAUGAUAUACUUUGUGGUAUUGCUGCUAGAAAACAUGAAAUUUAUGUCGGUCAUUUAGCAUCCGUGGUGAUUUAUUUACGACGUUUAUGUCCUCAGUUACUCUUUCAAAUAUUAUUACGUACGAAAUCUGCUUGA